AUGGCAUUUACAAACACCCCUCUCUACGGUGGCUCAAUAACCCUCGAUCUCCCCUCCAACUUCGCCGACGCAUCGCAAAUCCGUCAGAUCCCUGACCACCAGGAAGUCUACCUCGACAGCAAUGGCUAUUCUAGUAUCGUCGUCGAGAUACUAGAGUAUGUCGAAAAGAGCAAUGAUGAAGAAGCUUUGCAGUAUCAUUUUGGCGAUCUGGUCGAAGACACCGGCGACCAGACUACGAUCAUCUCGCAAGACCGUGCUGCGAUGAAAUCUUUGCCGAACAACUCAGUCUUGACAUUGACAUUCAUCCAAACCCCACCAACACCCAACCCACACCCCAAUCGGAAGACUCCCGAGUUCACAUAUAUUCACCUCAUUCUUCUUCGCCUCAAGGAGCAAGGUACCGAUAUUAUGAUCUCAAUCAACAUUCCGCACUAUCCGGGCGAGUUCACUCCAGCAGAGCAGCAAGGUGACGAGACGCCAUUGAUGAAGGAUAGUAAAGCGGUGAGAGAGAGGGUAUUAGAGAGCUUCAAGGUGGAGGAGUGGGGACUCUUUGAAGGCUAA